UCGUUCCAUCAGUCAUAGCCACAUGAGCGGAUUAAGAAGUAUUCAGGAACUGGUCAGGCUUCUGCAAGAAGCCGAAGACCCUGCUAAUCGAGAACGACAACGCGCCAACAAGGCAGAGCAACAAACUCAGCCCACUUCACUCAACGGAUACGUCGCUACCUGCCAUUCCCUUGUGUUUCUAGCACAACUAGCAAGUACAUGACUGCUUUUGGUCCAGGACAGGACUGCAUUCGGCUGCAUAUAGGAUUGAUGAUGCCCCUCCUGAACUUCUUUGGUCUGUGGCCAAAAGUGGCGCCCAGAGAGGUGUUAAUAAGCCUGGUUUGGUUGCGGACGGCACUUCUUGGAAUUCGGCUGUCAGACUGUAACAAUCGCAAUCUCAAAGACUUGAAAAAGGAUGAUUACAAAUCAGGAAAGCAGCUAAUAAGGUCCUCCUUACUUGACCUUUUUUCUCAUUGGAAUUCCUUACUUGUUCUACUUGUAGUAUUGAAUCUGUAUGUCUGCAUUGCGGUCUAUAGCUCUUCAUUGACGGAGUUGUGUUUAGUCUCCCUAUAAGCAACAUCAAGAAAGUCCUUGAGAGGAGGUGUCUUGCUGGUCCUAAACACAGUAUCUACCUAGUAUAGUAGACUAAUAUACAUUAUCUUAGCCUGU